CCUCGACUAGCUGGGUUCGUCCGCUUACAUCGAUAGUCGUUCGAUAAAGCCACGCGAGAGGGACCACCUUCUCAGCUGAACUACUGAACAUGCCGAACAGCCCAAAUGUUUGCUGCCGCACUUUGCAGAAACUGCUGGGAAUCCGCACGGUCCAUCAGCCGGGCAGCGAAGGCCACACGUCAUGCGUGUCCUCGUAUUGGGCGCAGCAACAGCAACAGGCCGAGCAGCCAGCCUGUGUCGUCACCCCUCGCUCGGCAGAGGAUGUAUCCACGGCGGUGCGCUGCAUCCUUGAUUGUCUCGGGUUAUGCUGGGAUGAUCCCGUCGAGGCCGCGACAUGCCGCUUUGCGAUCCGGUCCGGAGGUCACCUGCCCGUCACCGGGGCUGCCAGCCAGGCGGGAGGGGUGGUUCUUGAUCUGCGACUGCUGAACGCCAUUGAGGUGAGUUCCGACAAGAGAACCGUCCGCAUCGGCGCUGGCGCGACCUGGGGAGAUGUGUAUGCGAAGCUCGACCCGUUGGGCCUGAGCGUGGCCGGGGGACGGGCGCCCCAGGUCGGGGUGGGCGGGCUGACCACUGGCGGCGGCUACUCGUUCAUGUCGCCGCGCUACGGGUGGACGUGCGAUACGGUGGCGAGCUUCCAGGUCGUGCUGGCCAACGGCUCCAUUGUGGAAGCCAAUGCGGACGAGAACGCGGACCUGUGGUGGGCGCUGCGCGGCGGGGGCAACAACUUCGGCGUGGUGACCGCCGUCACGAUGGAGACGUUCGAGCAGGGCGAGAUGUGGGGCGGGAAUGUCUACUAUCCGCUGUCGACCAUUGACGACCAGCUCAAGGCGUUCGCCAACUUCAGCUCGGCAGAUGGCUACGACGAAAACGCAUCGCUCAUCACAACCUUCGGCUACGCCGCCGGCCAGGGCUCGGCGAUUGCCAACAACAUCGAGUACAUCAAGGCUGAGGAGAAUCCGGCCGUCUUCGCGCCGUUCAUGAAGAUUCCCUCCUUUUUCAACAACAUGCGGCUGGACAGCGUCCCCAACAUCUGCCACGGGCAGGGCGCGCUGUCCAAGCAGAACAUGCGGCAGCUCUUCGCCACCGUGACCCACGCCUCCACCCUGCCCAUGCUGCAGUCCACCUACACGCACUGGUCCAACUCCCUCCCGGCCGUUGAGAACGUCCCCGGCAUGAUCUGGUCCGUCUCUCUGGAGCCUCUGCCGCCGGCCAUGUACCUGCGCGCGGCCCGCUCUGCGCCCCCGGGCGGGUGGGGCAAGAACUGCAUGGGCCUGGAUGCCGCCAACAACAACCACAACAGCAUCAACAAGACCACUGACAAAGCACUGGUCAUCGCCCUCCUGACAGCGACCUGGGCGGACGCGGCGGACGACGAGAAGGUGGAAAAGGCCGCGCGGGAGUUGAUGGACGGCAUCGAGCGCGACGCCAAGGCCCAAGGCGCGUGGCAUCCGUUUGUCUACCUCAACUAUGCGGCGCCCUGGCAGGAUCCCAUUGCUAGCUAUGGGGAGGAGGCGGUGCGGAGGUUGAAGGAGGUGCGGAAGAGGGUGGAUCCGAAGGGGGUAUUUACCAAGUUGGUCCCGGGUGGGUUCAAGAUCCCUGGGACGAUGGAGCAGGAGUGAACUGUUUUAAGGGGUGGAUGAUGAUGUCUUGCAUUAUGACGGGCUAAGCUAGUACCUUCCUCUCGUGUUCGUACAAUGUGUUGCACAGUAAGGGGUGAUGAAGCUAAAUCGAACGGAAAACCCGCUACUUCUCGAGACUCUUGGCUAGCUUAUCCAGCCCUUGGCCAUUACUCAUCAUACCGUCCUGCAAGAGACAGACCCGUGUCAGUGGCAGAGCACACACACAGAAGCUCAGACCAGGCAGCUAAUUCACUUACCAACAUCGACGAAGGCACCCAGCGGGACACGAACUUGACCGC